AUUAGAAGCCAGAGAAUCCAUGAAGGGAACAAAGCAGCGAGUGUACUGUGGUGGUGAAGCCCUCUGUUGUUUUUAACCUCCUCCUUCUCCUCCUCCUCCUCUUCUUCAUCCCUCCUCCCAUCUCUGCUGCCUCCUCUUCUUCCCUCCACUCAUCCACACCCGCCUCGCUUCAUUCCGCCGCAUGUCCCCGCACCUUCCACCGCAUCUACUCAUCACACCGGCCCGUGUAGCAGCUCCGGACACGCGGCUGUGAGCUGACCGGCAGAGGGGUCGUCUCUCCCGGGUAUCAUCGCUCCUCUCCUUCACCGUCAGGCUUGCUCUUUGAACAUCAUCUCCCCUCCCUUACAGACACACACUUACCAUGCAGGAGGUGUAACCCUCCUCCCUCUUCUUCCUUGCGUGCCAUCGGAGGAAACCCAAAACAGGAAAUAAAAAAAGAGACACUACGUGUAGUGAAUCAAGAUGUCAGACCCUGUCCCCUCCACCACGGUGGACCCCCCACUGCCACUCGCCUCACCGCGCACCCCCCUGCAGCUCUCCUUCCCUUUUCUGAGGGAGGGCAGCCGGGUAUGGGAGAGGGAAAGGAAACCGCCACAGCCUAGAGAGCUGCCCAGCCCACUGCCCACCAAACGCACCCGCACAUACUCAGCGACAGUGCGAGCCAAAUCAGGUCCAGUAUUUAAAGGGGUGUGUAAAAACUUCUCCAGGUCUCAGGGUCAUGGAUUCAUUCAUCCUUCUCAUGGAGCAGAGGACAUCUUUGUCCACAUCUCUGACAUCGAAGGAGAGUACGUGCCUAUGGAGGGCGACGAGGUCACAUACAAGGUGUGUCCCAUCCCUCCAAAGAACCAUAAGAUCCAGGCUGUGGACGUGGUGAUCACCCACCUGAAUCCAGGCACCAAGCACGAGACCUGGUCUGGUCAGAUCAUCAGCUCAUAGACCAGGGCUUUAGGCCUGCACCGAUUGGGGGAAAAAGAAAGUUCUUGGAAUGGAGCUGGAAGGGGAGGGGAUGUAUGUUUCAGGUUCUGAGGUUCGGUACCAGGUGUGAGAAAGAGGGAUUAGAGGUAGAACGUUAGAGUAUAAAGGGUAGGGUCAGAAAUUAAGCUUUGAAUGUACUUGUUGGAAUGUCUUUCUUUGAGGGUCAGGGUUUCAUCGUUUAGGUUGAGGGGUUAAAAGUUGGGUUUGGAAAGUUGCAGGAUCUUUCAUGCAACUUUACUUUGACCUCCAGAAUAUAAUAAAACAUCAGUGGUGUCUUUGACGAGAUGAAAAUGAGAUGUGUUAGAGGCCGAAAUGCAUUAAGACCAAAUUUUAUACAAGUCCACCAUAUUGAUCCUCCAUGAGCACACGACUGAGGAGUUUGAUGUUAAGAGGACCAGCUCAGUGGAGGUUUGAAUUUUACUCCCACUUUUCCAUUGUUCUCACAAAUUAUUUCAAUUGCGCUGUCAAAAGUCAGGUGUUGAACAUCUGUGUUUGUGUUUCCAACAGAUGGAGACACUUUUGCAAUGGCCUUAUCUCUUGUGUAUUUUCAGACUUGGCUUACUAUGAAAUGAACAGCUCGUCAGAUCUGCCUUCAUCUCACUGCCUUUACAGAGUCAAAAUACAACUAAAUGAGUAUAUUUACAGUCGUAAGUAAGUUUGACACGCUCUCAGUUCUGUCCCAGCUCUACUCUUAAUGUGUUUCGGCCUCAAGAACUGUGAGCCCCACGUAUAAGGAAUUCUUUUCCUUCUUAACAUUGUAGCACUGCUGUGUUUUUGUCUUACUUGCAAGUGUAGAAAUCCAGUAUUAUUGUAGCCAGCUCCUAUGAUGGUCUUACGUUUCGGUGGGUGAGACUGUAGGAGGAACAUUUGUGAGCCUGCCACAGAAAAACCAGGCCGGAGGGUUUGGAGUUUGUAGGUUGGGGAGAAGGAAACUGGAGAGGGGAAGUGAACCGGGCAGAGGAUGGAGUGAUCGUCUAUAAAUGUACUUGAUGCCGCUAGAUUUGAAAUGUUGUAAAGCACUUGUAAGGAGGAAGACCAAGAUGAAAGUCAGCAGUUGUCAUCUUAUUGGAUUCUUGGUUUAGUGCAACAGGGUAAUAGAAACAGUUUGAUAGAAAAUAAGAAUCCCCUUAUUAAAUAAAAAAAAAAAGAUGGGUCAAACUGAGGAGGAUGAACUGCUGACUUUUAGGCUGAAGGUUCAGUAAAGUGUCGUAGGUCCUGGUAGAUGGCGUUAAGAAAUUAAAGGCAAGAAAACAGAGCAGCAAAAGCUCUCUGAUGUAAGUUUAGAACGACUGUUUAUUUAUUGACUUAUUUAUUAUCAUUUGUAACUAUGAGACAUCAGGCGUUUGGUAAAUAAAAGUGGCAUUUAUAAGUAUUUGUGCAAAUCUAAGCCUGUUUGAAUACACUGCACACCUCACUCUAAUGAUACUACCCUGUUAAAGAAAACCCCUUUGCUACUGUCACGUCAUCGUCAGGAUUUAAAAAACUAACUUUCCAAACAUGAAUUACUAAUUUCUACAUAAUACUUGUCUAAUUUUUAAUAACUAUUUGAGCAGCUUUGUUGUUUUGGAAAUGGCAUGUACUGUUUGUUGUAAUUUAUACGUAGAACACGUCGAGUGGGUCUCAUGCAGUGACACAGCCGGAGCCUUCAAAGAGGCGUCGUCAGGUCUCCUAUGCAUCUUUUGAUUUUUCUUUUUUUUUCUUGCCACGGUUAUGACUUAACAUCAUGUAGUAACACACUGUAUCUGUUUGAUUUAUUUUAAUGUGAGAGAAAUAAGUUUGUGUCCGCAAGCACUUUUAUUUUUUGAGUCAAACCACUGUGACAGUCAGUCUUUAGUCAUGAUAACGUUUGAAUAAAACUUACUACUGUAUUCACA